AGGGCGCAAGCUCUCAGUGAGGGGAGCGCAAGAGUGAAUUUCCUCCUGCACUCAGAGCAGACUGAAGUUCAUGUAAAGAGUCUAAAGGUGGUGGGGUAACAGAACUAGCCCUCUUGCCCUGACUCUUCUCACUCUAACUGCUGGAGAAUAAUGACUGAAGCGGAGUUAUAUGACGUGUACCAGGGGGUUUAUGUCCCCAAACAUCUCCACCCUCCUGAGAGCCUCCAGUACUACGAGAACUUCACCUUCCGGCCGGACGACGUGCUUAUUGUGACCUACCCCAAGUCUGGAACGACAUGGCUACAGGAGAUCGUACCGCUGGUGCUCAGCGCGGGAGAUCUCUCCGCCGUUCAGACCGUACCAAACUGGGACCGGGUCCCGUGGCUGGAGGAGCAUCGAGCUCUCGUGCUGAAUCUGGAGCAGAGACCCUCACCCCGAGCUUUCGCCACCCACUUCCACCGGGGCAUGAUGAACCAGUCAUAUAACAAAGUGAAGCCAAAGGUUAUUUACGUAUUGCGAAACCCCAAGGAUGUGUUCACAUCUUCCUUCCACUACUAUGGGAUGGCUUCCUACCUGGUGAAUCCAGGCACUGCUGACGAGUUCCUGGAAAAGUUUCUGAAUGGGAAAAUCAUGUUUGGUUCAUGGUUUGACCACGUGAAGAGUUGGCUGAAUGUUAAAGACGAGGACAACAUUUUCUAUAUUGCCUAUGAAGAAAUGAUACAGGAUUUGAAAGGUUCUGUGUCGAGAAUCGCCCAGUUCCUUGGAAAGUCCCUGAGUCCAGAGGUGGUGGGGAAAAUAGCGGAGAACUGCGAGUUCAAAAGCAUGAAGCAGAAUCAGAUGUCCAACUUUUCUCUGGUUCCAUCAGAGUUCAUGGAUCAGAAGAAAUCUGAGUUCCUCAGGAAAGGAGUUGCUGGUGACUGGAAAAACCUUUUCACUGAGGUCCAAACAGAGCAAUUUGAUGCUGUUUACAAGGACAAGAUGAAAGAUGUCACAUUUAAAUUUGCAUGGGAUUAAUAAAAUCCCCAGCAUUCAUCAGGCAGGAUUAAUGCACUGUUCAUAUUUACAAUAUUAACACCAGUGCUAUUUUUUUGUACCAAAUCAGUGUAUUUACCCCUUUAUUACUUUAAUAUUUACUAUUACACCUGCCUGGGUGUCUGUUUAUUAAUGUGGCUAAUUCAAAAUUACAUGAACCACUUUGCACAACAAAAAAAAGAACAAGGCACAAAAUCGUUAUACCUUUUAUCCAUUAACGGGAAUUAAACAUUUUCUAAAAAGUUUAACAUUUUUGUACACAACUUCUCCAGAAUGGUGCUUAAACUAAAAUGCACUGAAAUAUUAUAUCCUUUGUUUUUAUUACUGUCAGAAUUUGAAUAUAUUUAACAAAUACAUUUAUACCUCUUUUAAUAGAAAAUGUUUUAAAAUGCACUGGACCGCUAUAUCCUUCACUGUUAAUUACUGCCAAAAAUGUAACAAUAUGUAACAAUAUAUAUUUUUUUACUAUGAAAAUACGGUAUCCAUCAUAUUACUGUGAAAUAACUAAUAUAACUAAUAUUUUCUAUAUCAAUCGUGACAACAGUUACUGUAUGGUUUAUGUUGAGCUGUGAUGUUGUUCAGUAUAGGUUGUUAACAAUGGGUUCUGUGGCAAAAUCAUAAAGCUGGGUGACCAUCAUGACCAAGCAUUACAAAACUCAUAUUUAGCAUGCACUAUGCUGUCAAGAGCUGGUUACCAAGCUUACUUACCCAGUAUAUAGUAUGUUUUUUUCAUAUGAAUGGCCUUUUUAACUACCUUCACCAUCAAAGACCAGCUUAGAGCUUAUGAAACCAACAGAAGCUGGCCUUGAGCUGGAUGUUUUUAAAAAGGGGUUAGGACUAUAAGGGUUUGGUCUAUAAUCUACUAUAGCUAGCUUCUGUCAUUGAGUCAAUGUAGUCUGAUGGAAAACAGAAGGAAAACUGCAUAUGUGUCUCAUUAAAUGUAUAGAAGCUACAAUAAAGUAAAUGGUGGCACA